AUGGACAACGCUCAUCUCGCGAGGGCUUCGGCCUCAAGUUCCCGCGCGGCGAUGCUGCUCGAUCAGAUACACAACGAGUUUCAGCACCAGUUCCGCGCUACCGCUGAAGCUGAGUAUAAGUUGUCCUGUCAAGCUCAUGAAAUGGAAAGGCUUCAAGAUAGGUUGAAAGAGUUACAAACGGCGCAGCUGAAGAUGCAAGAGGAGUAUGACGCAGAAAUUCGGGGCUUGCACUAUCAGCUCCGAUCUAGUGGCGUACCAAUUGUUUCCAACCUUACCCCUGCCGUUGCCCAGCAGGCGGUGCCGUCAUUAUCACAGAACCUUUUUGGAGAAUACCGAAACGGUUACGGCGCGCCGCCUCCCACUGCUUCGCCUGACACUGGCUUGCGACCUAGUACUCCUCCAGAUUCCGCAGACGACCAGAAGACUAAGCCGUCACCCUCUCGCGAGCCUCAACCUACCAUAUCGGGGAAUUUGAGUCUAAUCGAUCUGCCCAACUCCCGAAAGAAAGAGGGAAGCGGCUGGUAUGCCGUAUUCAACCCCGAGGUGCCACGGGUGCUGGAUGUAGAACUUGUCCAUCAUUUUGCCCAUGACAGCGUGGCAUCCUGCGUCAGCUUCAGCCCUGAUGGCAAAUAUCUUGCAACAGGUUGUAAUCGGCUGGCUCGGAUCUUCGACGUAACAACAGGGGAGAAUAUUAUCACUCUGCAGGAUGACAACCUUAGCAAGAGCGACGACGCCUAUGUCCGGAGCGUUUGCUUUAGCCCUGACGGAAAGUACCUCGCGACCGGUGGGGAGGACAGAAAAUUGAAGGUGUGGGGCAUUGGUGCCGGUAAAAUCAAGCAUACCUUUUCCGGACAUGAGCAAGAUAUCUACUCCGUAGCCUUUGCGGGUGGUGGUCGAUAUAUUGCGUCCGGUAGUGGAGACAAAACAGUCCGCGUCUGGGAUGUUCAACGUGGUAAGCUUGUGUACACUUUUAAUAUUGAAGGUGGUGUGACUGCUGUUUCUGUCACACAUGACGGUCGGUUUGUGGCCGCUGCAUCGCUUGAUAUGAAUGUCCAGAUUUGGGACAUUGCUAGUGGUACUAGGAUAGAGCGGUUGGAGGGACCCGAUGGCCACGAGAACAGCGUGUACUGUAUUGCCUUUGCGCCCAGUGGUGGUCACAUUGUCAGCGGAAGCCUUGACAAUACCAUGAAGCUCUGGGAGGUUGAUAUACCUCGGGCAGCAUUUCCAAAUGGUGGAACUGGGCGUUCUGUGCGAACUUUCAAAGGCCACAAGGAUUUCGUUCUCACGGCCUGCUGGACCCCCCAUGGCAACUGGAUUAUAAGCGGCUCGAAGGAUCAAGGAUUGCAGUUCUGGGAUCCAGUUACCGCUACUCCGCAAAUGCUUCUUCAAGGGCAUAAAAACUCCGUUCUCUCUGUUGCGGUUAGUAGCACAGAUAAUCUGUUUGCUACUGGUAGUGGUGACAGGUGUGCAAGGCUCUGGAGGUACACUACGUACACUGGACAGUGA